AUGCGUCGUGCGCACCAUGACGAACCGUCGUCAUCUUCGUCUCCAUCGAUGCAAAGUGAAGACGAAGAAGAUGUUCGAGCUGAUUUCCUCUCGGAGAUCGACCAACAGCGUUUCUUUCAGCAACUCGAAGUGUUUCAGGCAAGCUCACGAGUCUCGCCUCCCGCCGCCGUUCCGGAGACGAGCAGAGUUUCUGUUCCCUCAACAGCACCAGCCACAAACACAGGAGUGACGACUGCUACAUUUGUGUCUCCUGCUAAUUUUCAGUCAUCACCGAACCAGUUAUCCAACUCUUCAUGUUCGAACAUGCCGCGGUCCAUGGAUUCGUCCGAGUUUUACAGUACAGCGAUACAGGUCCUUACCCACGUACUUGGCAGUUCUAAGCCACAUCCAUGGCUCAGUGAUCAAACCUUGUCCCACGGUGAAGAUCCGGCGUUGUCACACACUUCUACGGUCUCUUGGGAUCCAAAAAACUCAUUAGCAUCAUCCCCGCGCGACCAUGCGGGUCAUGGGAUCCAUGCGUCGAUUGAUCAAUUCGGCGCUUCAAGGUCAGAACCAAUGCGUGAUAAAGAACAGGAUUUGACACAGCUACUGCAAACUCUUCUCGCUCGGGGACCUAAUCAAACUGCGUCUUCUGAGUCACAUCCUCAAUCAGAGCCAGUUCUUGCUCCGCCCGUUCCCAUGCCGUUUGCCGACUUAGCUUUCCCCGAAGAUGAAGAUGACGAUCCAGACUUUAUGCCAGUAUCCUCUGACCGUGGGGGCAAUGAGCUUGCGAUGCCGAGCGCGACAGCAUGGACACGAGCUAUGGAGGAGAUGGCUCCCCAGGAAUCUGAAACAUCUUCAACGAAGUCGCGGCGAGGACGCCCACGGCAAUUUACGUCAGAAGAGGCAGCUGAGCGAAAACGCGAUCGAAACCGAGAUUAUAUGGCGCGUCUCCGCACUUUGAGACGGCAACGCAGACCUUAUACCCCAGCCAACUCGGUGGACUCGCGGGAGUCGUCUGAUCGACUUGUGCUGGAGGCGGAAAAUCGAUUUUUGCGCUCUGAAAUCGAAAGACUCCAACAAGAGAAUGCCAAGCUACGUAGUCGAGAAGAACUGCGUUUGUACGCCGCGCAAUUUAGAAUGAACCAGGAUCAUGAUGGUUUCAAAUGCUAA